GAUAAGUGAUAGGGCCCCAAAUUGGGUUCAGGUCUAUUUGACGCUUUGAAAUUAACAACUGCUAUUUUUUUUUAAGAUUUUAUUUAUUUAUUCAUGAGAGACACAGAGAGAGAGGAGAGAGGCAGAGACGUAGGCAGAGGAAGAAGCAGGCUUCCUGAGAGGAACCGUGCGGGACUUGAUCCUAGGACCCCAGGAUCACAACCUGAGCCAAAGGCAAACAGACACUCAACCACUGAGCCAUCCAAGUGCCCUGAACAACUGCUAUGUUAGUUAAAACUUGGUUAAAAAAUUAUUCUAAUAAUUAAUUUGUACUACAUACAAUAUACAUAUCAAUUAUUACAAAUAAGGGGUAGUGAACAGUAUGAGUUACUAAUAUUCCAGGCGAAGAAAUAUAGGGAACUUUAAAAAAUAAUGUAAGACUGCAAAAGUUCAUCGCCUUAUUUUUUAACAUUACCUUUUCAAGUCCACACCUUUUUAGGCUCCAAAUGUUUAACACCUUUGUUUACCAGCUUCUUACUUCAACUAAUGGUACCUGUCCCAACCAUUAGCUUCCCCAGUAUAUAAUUUGAUGCUUAUUUGGUAAACUUCAAGUAUGUGAUUAUUGUAGGUUUAUGUAUAUUAACCACUCCUAUCUAAUCCUGGUAGAAAAAUACUUGUGCUGAUCCAGAUUAAUUGUAAGGUUUUAAAUGGUUCAGUUUAUACGAGGGUAACACAGAGAAAAUUAUCUUGUCCACACCCCAUGUAUCAGUUGUUGCUGGUUGGUCUCUGGCCUGCUACCUGAGUCUUUUUUAUGUCCUGUGGGUGUUUGAAAACUUACCCGUUGGCAUUGUAAAUUUCAGGAAUCAUGAGUGUUUUUACUUUCUACCUUAUAUAAGGCCACUUUAGAUGGUUAACCCAGAAUAAUCACUUAGAAAUUGACAAUUGUCACCAUAUUAAUUUCAAGUUACUAAUUAAGGCUGAUUAGUUGUGAAGUUGCCCAAACCUCAUAUUCAUUGUGACCCUGGCAGCAAGAAGGGAGUCUGAUAAGUAUAGUAAUGCUAACAUAAAUUUUUUUUCUUGCUUUAGCGUUUUCUGAACAUCGUUAGAGCAUUUUACAACAUAUUUUGUGUUCUUUAACAUUUUAUGAACAACUUUAGAACACAUCUUGUGGUCCUGAGUCUGUUGCUAUAGUGAAAGCUUAUAAUGCUUUAUUAUUCAGGAAAAAGAUUUCUGUCCAUGAACUACAAAGUUCCUAAAAGAGGACAUUGAUCCACUAAAAGAGAUCUGGUUGGAGUUGGAGGGUGAAAGAAAAUGGAUUCUUUUUCUGAUUUACCUGCAGAGAACCUAACCAUUGCAGUCAAUAUCACCAAGACUUUGUCCUCAACAGCAAUGCAUAGAUUUAAUUCCACUAAUGACCCACCUUCAAUGUCAAUAACAAGGCUUUUUCCAGCCUUACUAGAAUGUUUUGGCAUAGUCCUUUGUGGCUACAUAGCAGGAAGAGCCAAUGUCAUAACAUCAACACAGGCCAAAGGACUAGGAAAUUUUGUCUCCAGAUUUGCACUUCCAGCUUUAUUAUUCAAAAAUAUGGUUGUACUUAAUUUUUCCAAUGUGGAUUGGUCUUUCCUAUAUAGUAUUUUGAUUGCCAAAGCUUCUGUAUUUUUCAUUGUAUGUAUAUUAACCUUAUUGGUUGCCAGUCCAGACAGUCGAUUUAGCAAAGCUGGACUAUUCCCUAUUUUUGCUACACAAAGUAAUGACUUUGCAUUGGGAUAUCCUAUAGUUGAAGCUUUAUAUCAAACUACAUACCCAGAAUAUCUCCAGUACAUUUACUUGGUGGCACCAAUAUCUCUUAUGAUGUUAAACCCUAUAGGGUUUAUCUUCUGUGAAAUCCAGAAGUGGAAAGACACUCAAAAUGCAUCUCAAAACAAAGUGAAAAUUGUAGGACUUGGACUUCUGCGUGUAUUACAGAACCCAAUAGUAUUUAUGGUUUUCAUUGGCAUUGCCUUCAAUUUUAUUCUUGAUCAAAAGGUGCCCGUAUAUAUGGAAAAUUUUCUUGAUGGACUUGCAAAUUCUUUUUCCGGAUCAGCUCUAUUUUAUCUUGGUCUUACAAUGGUGGGAAAAAUAAAGAAACUGAAGAAGUCAGCAUUUGUUGUACUAAUUCUUCUCAUCACAGCUAAACUCCUGGUGCUGCCACUUCUGUGCAGAGAAAUGGUGGAACUCUUGGACAAGGGCGACAGUGUAGUGAACCAUACAAGUUUAUCAAAUUAUGCAUUUUUGUAUGGUGUCUUUCCUGUAGCACCAGGAGUGGCUAUCUUUGCAACACAGUUCAACAUGGAAGUAGAGAUUAUAACCUCAGGGAUGGUAAUUAGCACAUUUGUGUCUGCACCAAUCAUGUAUGUUUCUGCCUGGUUACUAACCUUUCCCACUAUGGACCCUAAGCCAUUGGCAUAUGCCAUCCAGAAUGUUAGUUUUGAUAUAAGUAUUAUCAGCCUUGUCUCCUUGAUCUGGUCUCUGGCUAUUCUUCUUUUGAGUAAGAAAUAUAAACAGCUCCCUCAUAUGUUUACAACUAAUUUACUCAUCGCUCAGUCUAUUGUCUGUGCUGGAAUGAUGAUAUGGAAUUUCGUUAAAGAAAAAAAUUUUGUUGGACAAAUUCUGGUGUUUGUUCUAUUGUACAGCUCCCUCUAUAGUACCUACCUGUGGACAGGCCUUCUGGCAAUUUCUUUGUUUCUUUUGAAAAAGAGAGAGAGUGUACAAAUUCCUGUUGGAAUCAUCAUCAUAUCUGGCUGGGGAAUUCCUGCUCUCCUUGUUGGUGUUCUUCUGAUAACUGGAAAACAUAAUGGAGAUAGCAUUGACUCAGCUUUCUUUUAUGGAAAGGAGCAGAUGAUCAUCACAGCAGUCACCCUGUUCUGCAGCAUUGUGAUAGCUGGCAUCUCACUCAUGUGUAUGAACCGCACCACCCAAGCAGGACGUUAUGAAGGUUUCGACCAGUCUCAGAAUGACAAAGCAGCAGAGCCUGGGAACGCCGCUUUUGAGGAGAGUUCAGUGCCAGUAAAUGAACCGGAACCUUUUACAAGUUCUAUCCCAGAAACAGGUUGCUGCUCCUGCUCCAUGGGAAAUGGCGGAUUACACUGCCAAUCCACUGAGCCAGUAGCAAACACAAGCACCAGUGGGCUUGUGACUCCUUCGUUUGAGAAAAAUGAUCAUUGUGUGAGUCGCUGUAACUCCCAGAGCUGCAUGUUAGUCCAGGAAGAGGAGCAGUAUCUACAGAGUGGAGACCAGCAACUGACUCGACAUGUGUUGCUGUGUUUACUUCUCAUUAUUGGCCUGUUUGCUAAUCUUUCCAGUUGUUUAUGGUGGCUAUUCAACCAAGAACCUGGAAGACUCUAUGUCGAGUUACAGUUUUUCUGUGCUGUGUUUAACUUUGGCCAGGGAUUUAUUUCCUUUGGCAUCUUUGGAUUGGACAAACAUUUAAUCAUUCUGCCUUUCAAAAGAAGACUUGAAUUCCUAUGGAAUAAUAAAGAGACAGCAGAAAACAGGGGUUCUCCUGUUCCUGAGGAAAUAAAAAUGACCUGUCAACAGUUUAUCCAUUAUCACCGUGACCUCUGUAUCCGAAACAUUGUCAAGGAAAGAAGGUGUGGUGCAAAGACAUCUACUGGGACUUUCUGUGGCUGUGACCUGGUGAACUGGCUCAUUGAAGUCGGCCUUGCCUCUGACCGUGGUGAAGCUGUGAUAUAUGGAGAUAGACUGGUGCAAGGGGGAGUCAUCCAACAUAUUACCAAUGAGUAUGAAUUUCGGGAUGAAUACUUGUUUUAUAGAUUUCUUCAAAAGAGUCCUGAGCAGAGUCCUCCUGCUAUUAAUGCAAACACUCCCCCAAAGGAAAGAUAUAAAGAGAUUGAGCAUUCAUCUCCAUCCCCUAAGACCUAAAUGAUGAAGGAGACAACCCUCGGCCAUAUUCUAGCCCCAGGUCUGUUUCUUAUUAGUUGAGUGACCUUGGGCAAAUCACAACGUCUCUGAGCAUCAGUUGCCUCUUCUGUAAAAUUUGAUGUGUUCCUACCCCAUGCUAACAUUUUGUGAUUUCAUGUGUAUGGAAAACACACAGGAAAACUGACUUAGGAAAAAAGAGAAAACCAAGUCAAAAUGUAAAGUCCUAAUAAAUGUAUUAAUUACUAUAAACUAAUUAUGCCAACAUUUUAAGACAUUGCUCUCUGCAUCUGUUUGCUAUAAUUUCAAAGUCAACAUCCAACAUAUUGCUUUAAACUGCCAAAUUCGGCAAGUAUACUGCUAGCAGGAAAUGGACCUUAAAUUAUGACAACUUUGCACUUAUUGAUAGCACCUCCUGAAAAAGAAUUUUAAUGAUUCUGAUAAAAGACCUUCUUACUCUAUUUUCCUGUUUUCUUAACAAAUAGUAAUUAAAAACUAGAGGCAAUAUUUUUUUAAAGUUUAUCUUUUCUUGUUUUUCUAGCCAAAGUACUAAUCUGUGCCACAGGAGGCAAAUAAGAACCACCAUAAAUAUUAUCUCCAAAAUCCCUCAACAGAAGUAUAAUUUUAACUUUUGUACUAAGAAUAAUUUCAGCAGUUUUGUUUAAAUUUUAGCAAGAAUAUUAUUGUCAUAUAUCAAUUCUGGUGUUUGCACAAAGCAUCACAGUGCAGAAGCAUAGCCCUAUUAAUUUCCUGCAGUUAAAAAGAAAAAAAACUUUAUAGUUCAAGUCAAGAUUAAAAAAUUCUAAACCUAACAUCCAACUUUUACACCUAGAAUUUAGUCUUUUUAAGUAUCCAUGUAUAAAAAUCUAUAAACUUGAAAAUUAUUCAGUGUUGCCCUCAUGUAAGCUUUAUCUUCAGUAAAUUAAAAAGAGAUCUAUUCACAUGACCUUUGAACCUCUACUUAAUUUUAUUAGGUGUCAGUGCUGGUUUAACUUAUUUAAAACAUGUUUCAAGUAUUUAUUUUUCUCAUACUUUUAAUGUGUCAUGGAAAAGCCAUUUAGAAAAUGAUUUAUAAAGUUAAAUCAUUGCCCUUUUAAUGAAACAAAUAGAUAAUUAUUUUAAAAACCUGCAUGGAAGCCUAGUGUAUUUAACAAGCAAAUUACACUUUAUUGUGUAGUAUUAACCUGUACCAACUUCAUGUUAUGAUGAGGGAAUGGGGAUGUUUUUCAGCAGAACUGUCUUGCUGCAAGACCUUUUUUUUUUUACAUGACCACAUUAUAACUUUCAGAUUGCUCAGGAGUAAGCAAAACGCUUCAUUGUUAUAGCAGGAGACUUUUAUAGUCACAGAAAUGCAGAUAUUAAUUCACAUGCAUGCAGGCAACUCAAACUGGAGAAUUUGUUUUGUGAACAAGUCAUACUACACAUGUUCAGUUAUUUGCAUGAAGGGAAUAAGCAGCAUCUUUUUCCACAGAAAACACUAAGAGAAAACCCUGGAUCUGAAUGAUCUGAGGUUUCAGAUAAACAAAGGCUUUUAAGGGAUGUUUUUAGGAUUAUGGAUAUGCUAAUUUUAUUAAAUGAAAAUAUUUGUAACUUUUACUCUGACAAAGCAAGUUUCUCAAUAAAAUGCCUAUUUUAACUUGCA